CCAUGACCCUGUCACCUGCUCACAGCUUUUCCUUCCUUGGAACACUUCUGACAGACCCAGUCGUUCAGCCAUCACAGUUUAACCCUUGUCAGAGUCGCUCAAAUCCUCACGUUGCCCAUUUUCCUUUCUGCUUCUAACACAUCGACUAUGGGGACACAUUGUUCACCUGCUGCCUGAUAUAUCCCACCCACCGAGAGUGGUCAUAAUGUUUUGGCUGGUCGAUGUAAAGUUGAGUAUUGUCCACGUAACAAUUAAAGGAUGUACAACUAAGAGGCAGGUCAAUUCUCUCUAUUUCCAUCUGGAGCCCAUCAUGCACUACCUGCGUGCAAAACUAACUGCCAAAACUUUAUCCCCAUGGCGACUUUUAAACUCCCUGUCCUCCCGGUCCCUUUAUGGGGUUCAAAUAUGCACAUACUAUUUAUAUUGCACUGUUGCGUUGCACAUUACAUAACCUACUGGCAUUUUAUUAGUACUUAUUUAGGUUCUGGAUGCACUUACCUGGUUGCAUGUUGUGGGUGUGGUUAUACUAUGUGUGCGUUGUGUUUGCAAAGAUAUUGCUCUUCACUAAUUGCCUAAUAUAAGUUGUUUAUACUUGAACUUGACGCAAAGAGGACAGAUUAUCUGGCAUAAACAGGGAAGCACAUACAAAGAGAAAAGAAAAGGCUAGAGGACUGACAUGACCUGAGAGUGCAAACUGUUUGAGUGCAUCUGUCUUGUUAUUGUCACAUCAUAAAAUUAAUAAAAACUAAACAGGAACCAGCAGAAGUCUGAAUCAUCACAACAGUUUUUACUCAUAAUAAUAAUCGCCACCAGCCUGAAAUGACGGCGAGCGUGUUUUUAAAUUUUCCAUUUGCACUGGUGAAUGUUGGUGUUGGACGUCACGUGGUCCGUGAUGUAAGUUUGAACUAGAAAAAAGGAAGCUAAGAGGCUGAGGAGCUCAUUCAGCCUGCAGCUGCAGAGAAAUCAGCCACGGAGGAAAAAGACUCUGUUCAGUUCUUCAAACUUCUUUAAGCAGUUUACAUCAAGACCAUGUGCGACUUCGAUCUGAGGGAUGCUUUAGAGACCUCACCUGAUGUAGAUGAUUCAGGAUUUGAAUCCUGCUGCUUUGACAUGACGGAAGUUCAGGAUGAGAUCUUCAAGCUUGAUGAGGGACUGGACCUGGUGGUCUCCCGCAACCCAAUGACGGUGCAGUGUGUUGCCAACCUGGUGGUGGCAAUCAACAGGAUGAAAAAGCCUCUAACCAACUAUAGCAGGCAGCUCAGUGGUGAAGAGCUCUGCAGCAUGAUCAUGGACAGCCUGGUGGACGUAACGGCUGUCGAGGAGUGCUGCUCAGAGAGGGGAAAAAAGUACCACCGUGCCAACAGUGUGAAGACAAUCACUCUGAGCGACCGCAGUAAGAAAGACAUCAUCUACAACUCAGUAGCGUUAAAACUGCAGGCCAUCACUCUGCAAGGUGGACACAGCGACCGCAAAGUGAAUUUUAAACUUUCGAGGUACAUCGACUAUGAAAGCAAAAGUAGUCUCGUUGUUCUGUCCAUCACCAACUUGUACAUGUCCUGCUCCAUGGAAGGCGGUAAAGCUGUGCUGAAACUGGAGCAAUUCUCUGAGGAGGAGUUUAACCGCAUCGACUGUGAAAAAAUGAAACGUUUCCUCUUCCUUAAGGGAAACGAUGCAAUGAAUUUUACCACUUUUGAGUCUCUCAGUUGCCCCAAAUGGUUCAUUAGCACCUAUGAAGAGGAAAACCAGCCUUUGGAGAUGAGUAAUGUGGACAUUGCAAGAUGUUACUUCAACGUAAACUAAAAUGUAUUGCUGGGUUUAAGAUGCCGUUUAACGUAAAUUAUGCUGAGGAUGCUUUUUGUAUUCACCACUAGAUGGAGUAAUUGUCUGCAGUGAUAAUACUCUCUAGGUGAGGUAGAGAUUAUAAUUAAUGUAACUUACUAGAAACAGCUUUUUAUUCACUGACAAACGGCUUCAUUCAUCUCCUUUGGUAAAUAAAGAGAAAAAAAUGUAACAGGAUAUUCCUCUAAACUACUGAUUAUUUGUUAUUAUUGUUCCUGAAAUUCAGUUUAUUAUAUUGUCCGUCGUGUGUUGUUCUGUUGCUCUGUAACAGGAAAUUUAAAACAUAAGCAUGUAAAACAUCACAAGUAUGUAUAAGUGUAACGGGCUAUAUAUGCCUGCGUAAAUGUGAAUAUUUUCAGUGUUUUUGUUGAUUUGGUUAAUGUCUUUUAGAAAUGUUUAUGUAUCAGUUAACCUUUGCUAAUCCUGACAAACAUUGUGCAGCUUUGCAGAAAUGUAUUCUAACCCUUAUAUCGAUCGAAUCACUCCCUUCCCGUCCAGUUAAAACCAUGUAUCUGUAACGUGAUGAUGAAUGUCUGUAAUGAACUGCAGGAUGAAGAGUUCCUUUAUGCCCUUCUUAAGCUAAAUAAACUU